AUGGCCCUCAACAUAGCCUUCCUAAACAACCUUGGAGAAAGUAUUUUAAAAUUUUUUAACCCCAAUUUGAAGUAUGGCAGAAGAGUUACCAGAAACUGGUUCAUGAUGAACCCGACCCAUUUCUUUAUGGCCUUUUUCUUUUAUGUCCUGUUCGUUCUGGCCACUUAUGCCUAUAAUGCCUACUACGCGUCUAAGCUCAAGUCCGAUAAGGGGUUGGCCAAGAUAAAGUCUUCAAGCUCCAAGUCGAAGAGUCCUCGCCUUGAUGACAUUUUAGCAAAGGCCGUCCCUGCGUACAAUUUGCUUCAGGUCCUGCUCAGCCUAGUGAUCACCGUGCUAACCAUAGUUGAGGUGCGAAAGAGAAAAUUUUCCCUCAUCCACAACUACGUCGAUUUUUCCAAGACUAACAUUGCACUUUGCUGCUGGCUCUUCUAUCUCAACAAACUUUUUGAUUUCAUGGACACCAUCUUGAUUGUACUGAGAAAGAAAUGGAAUCAGUUCACCUUCCUCCACGUAUACCAUCACAUUUCCGUCUUCCUCAUCAUGUGGAUUAACGCCAGCGUGGGAUAUGAUGGAGACAUCUACUACGUCAUCACCGUCAACUCCAUCGUGCACUUCAUCAUGUACCUCUACUACUUCCUAGCGAGCAUGAAAUUCAAAGUCCCCGUGUUUGCCAAGGCCUGCGUGACGUAUAUCCAAAUGAUACAGUUUCUCGCCAUCAUCCUUCCAGCGUUCUGCGUUUUGUUUUUGAAAAAGAACUCCUACUACCCCAGAAGACUGAUCGCCCUGAGUUUUUACUACUGCAUUUCUUUGUUAAUUUUGUUUGUCCAUUUUGCCUACAUUACUUACAUACGACCCAAGAAAAAAGUAGCUUAA